AAUGAAGAAAAAAGGAACCUUUCCCUGGGGGGCCAUGUCGGCUUCGACAGCCUCCCUGAUCAGCUGGUCAGCAAGUCUGUCACACAAGGCUUCAGCUUCAACAUCCUCUGUGUGGGUGAGACCGGCAUUGGGAAAUCCACGCUAAUGAAUACCCUCUUUAAUACCACAUUUGAGACGGAGGAAGCCAGUCACUACGAGAGCGCAGUUCGCUUGCGGCCACAGACCUACGACCUGCAGGAGAGCAAUGUCCACCUGAAGCUAACGAUUGUGGAUGCGGUUGGAUUUGGGGAUCAGAUAAAUAAAGAUGAAAGUUACAGGCCCAUAAUUGAGUACAUUGAUACGCAGUUUGAAAAUUAUUUGCAAGAAGAGCUGAAGAUCCGACGAUCUCUCUUCAACUAUCACGACACGAGGAUUCACGUCUGCCUGUACUUCAUCACCCCAACCGGACACUCGCUCAAGUCCUUGGACCUGGUGACUAUGAAGAAGCUGGAUAGCAAGGUGAACAUCAUCCCGAUCAUUGCCAAAGCCGACACCAUCUCCAAGAGUGAGCUGCACAAGUUCAAGAUCAAGAUAAUGAGCGAGCUGGUCAGCAACGGCGUGCAGAUCUACCAGUUCCCCACAGAUGAUGAAGCCGUUGCCGAGAUCAACUCUGUGAUGAAUGCUCAUCUGCCCUUCGCAGUGGUUGGCAGCACGGAGGAGGUGAAAGUUGGGAACAAGCUGGUCAGGGCUCGGCAGUACCCCUGGGGAGUGGUGCAAGUUGAGAAUGAAAGUCACUGUGACUUUGUGAAACUGCGGGAAAUGCUGAUCCGAGUCAACAUGGAGGAUCUUCGGGAGCAGACUCACACCCGCCACUAUGAGCUGUACAGGCGGUGCAAACUGGAAGAGAUGGGCUUCAAGGACACGGAUCCAGACAGCCAGCCCUUCAGCCUCCAAGAAACAUAUGAGACAAAAAGGAAAGAGUUCUUGGGUGAGCUCCAGAAGAAAGAGGAAGAAAUGAGACAAAUGUUUGUUAACAAAGUCAAAGAGACAGAGGCAGAGCUGAAGGAGAAGGAGAGAGAGCUGCAUGAGAAAUUUGAGCACUUAAAAAGGAUACACCAAGAAGAGAAGAGGAAGGUGGAGGAGAAGAGGAAGGAGCUGGAGGAAGAAAUGAAUGCCUUCAACAGGCGGAAAGUAGCAGUGGAAACCUUGCAGUCCCAAUCCUUGCAGGCUACCUCACAGCAGCCACUGAAGAAGGACAAAGACAAGAAAAAUUAAUCACAUACAGACUUUCAGGCCAAGAGUGGACUUGGUGCUUUCAUGUGUUAAGUUGCUUGAGUUUCCCACCCUGUGACCCUUCUCAUAACAUUGUGUGAGUGGACCAAAGUGAAAGAGAAAAUGAGCCUCUCCGGUGGCUGCGGCAUAACGCCUCACUGUUCUCUGUGCAGAAUUGAUCGGGAGGUUGUAAGGAAGUAACCUGACCGUGUACGUUUUGUUAAACAAAGUCAACUAAUCCCUCAAGUAAGGUGUUUUGUUCUAAACCUAGCGACUGAGCAGCUGUGGAUGAAGUGACUGUAACUGUUUGUCUGAACUCAUCUGUCCCACCAGCUAAACACUUGCUUUCUAGAUUUCUUUGUUUUGGACAGGCUGAGGCGCCUGCUGGAGGCUCCUCUGCCCUCCUCGUACCUGCACAAAGGUGAGGCCGGGUGUGAGGGGUGCUGAAACAUUUAUUUUUCUAACAAUAUUCUCACUUUAAGUAAGUUUUUUAGGAUGGGUGGAAAACCACAAUGCUUAAACCUUCUGCUCUGGGAAUCGGAGCAACCCUCGUCCCAGUGAUUAUAUAUUUUUAUCCUGAAUUACUCUAAACACUUCCUACAGCAUUUAUUAUAUAUAUAUAUAUAGAGAGAGAGAGAGAGAGGUUAAUAAAAUUCACAGGACAAUGUUUAGAACUUUCUUUACUGCUAAAGUAAAUCAUUUAUAGGAAAGAUUUUUCAUAGGAAUUUGUAUAAUGUGGAGCUACAGGAUUUGUGUAACUUUGCAGUUGUCAUUUACCAAUGUAUUUUACUGCUGUGAAGAAACUAUUUAAGCGCUCAUCUUUACUUUUACUCUUUAACCUUAAACUUAUGAUGUGCCUAAUAAGAAUCCCCUGAUCUUGCACCAUAUUUAUACUGACAGGCUCUGUUCCUCUUCGAAGGUGCUUUCUUUAACUCUCCUCGUGCCUGGAAAUCACCGACUUGUUUUCCUGGGCAACUGAGCUGAGAGGAACUAUUAGGAUCAAUAUUAUUUUGUUCCACUCAAACCACUUUGUGAUAAGGCAGGAUGAAAACUGAAUAGAGACUUGCUAGCUGUGUUGUCAUGGAAAAAUAGAUAGAACCAAUUCCAUCCCUCCACCAGAUAAUAGGUGAAAAGAAAGCAAAUAUUUUAUAUUAACCCCAUGUGGUGUCUUUAGAGUUUAUAAAAACACUGGCUGGCUAAGUGUUAGUUGUGGUGUGAGAGUUCUAUUGAGUUAUUAAUGUUACAGAAUGUCUCUGGUUGAUUUUUUUUUUUCCUUAAAGACUUGUCUGUAAUCUGUCAGCAAAUUCUUUGUGGGACCUGGAGAUGGAGGUGCCCGGCCUUGCAUCCGAGCCGGUGCAGGUCUGUCCGAGGGCAGCGUUUUGCUGGAUGGUGAAAUGAAGUCCUUUAACUUGCACAUCCCAGUCAAGCAGCUUUUUUUUCCUAAAUACAGGCUCAGGUGUAAAAGCGCUUUCAUGUGGGCAUUGGCCUUUUAUAGGAAUAUACUGAAAAUCCUGUCAGUGUUAUUCUAGGAGUGUAGGAAAGGACCUCAUGAAGAUCUCGCGGGUGCGCCUUAGAACAGGUGCUUUGCCAGAGAGGAAAAGUUGUGUGCACUUGUGAGGAGUCUGCUGAAAGCCGAACCUUGAAGUUUUAAGGCUGUGCCUCCUUUAGAUGUAUUUUAAAGAUUAACUGUCAAAUAUUAGGAGGGUUGAUGUGUUUUUUCUUGGAGAAAUGCACAAACCCAAGCUGCUGUUACACGCAAGAAGACCAUUGCAGCUCACUGCUGACCGCAGUCUGGUCCAGUAGCAAAUCAGGGCAGAACUUUGAUUUUUUUGCUAACGAGAGAAACUCUGCACUAAUUGCAUGGGUAAGCAGCGCGAUUUGGUUCAUUGUGGUGCUUCUCAAGGCCAAUGUUUCAAGGGCAGGGAAUAGCCAGUAACCGGUGGGGUUGGGCAUGCAGCUGCCUCGCCAGAACUUUCCCAGUCGAUGGUAUUCUCCCGCUCUCGUGCUGCAGCCAGCAGGAUCUAUGCAAAUGAUUUCUAUCUGCCCUGGCUCGGCAGAGAUCGAUUCUUUUUUCCUAGAAUAACAGGUAGUUAAUUAUGACGAUAACAAAGAGUGAAAACCUUCAAAUCCACGGGCAUUGCGGAGACAUUCCCAGCUUUUUCUGAUGAAGACAUUCAGAAUGUAUGUAACAAUACUUUAAUUAUGAUGUUUAGAUAUACAUUGAGUUUCUGUUGUUUCCUCCCAGUUACUUGUUCUUUAGAGCCGUCGGCAUCACCAUCUCCCCAUGGCACUUUUUCUCUCUUGCUUGGCUUUUCCUUUUGGCUGAGACAAGAUUUAGGUGUGCGGUGUGUAGGGCAGUUCUGUAUCUUGUGGUUAUUAAGUUACAUAUACCUGGUGAUGCUAAUCUCACUCCAGUCCAAUGAUUUGCAGCUGAUAAGCUAGAAGAGAAUUAAAAAAACCUUCAGAAAUGACCGUUUAGUUACAUGUCAGCUGUUUUAUGCAUUUAUCUGUAAAAGGUUGGUAUUAAUGGGAAAAAUGAUCCAUUGUUUUUGUCAUUUAAACAUUUGCCAUCAUGUAUGUUGUCUGCUUUCUAAUUUAAGAUGUGUUUUGUGGGGCUGGGGGCUCUGCAGCUCCAGGCCAGGCUGUGUGGGGGCCCCGGGGGUGGAGGUGCCCGAAGCCUCUGGCCGUGCUGCAUCCCUCCACUUUGUCAUUCUGAAUGUGUUGAGGUUUGUUUGUUGUUUUGGUUUUUUUUUUGACUUUCAGUUAUUUCCACUCACUUUGUACUCUUUUUCUUUUAUUAAAUCUCACGUGUAUUUUGA